CUUGUAAGGACUAGAGUUAAGUCCCCAUCCAGCUCCAGGAAGGAGCGGUUCCAGGGCCCCAGUCAAGCCACAGCGACUGUGGGCAGAAGUGCUGCUGUUUGUCCCCUGUUCCAGCUAGGAAGCGGUCCUUGGCAGAGGUACCCAGCCGGGGUACAGGGAGCUCCAUCACAAUGGGUAUACAACUUUCCCCUCCAAAAAACCUUAAAGGAACACUAUAGACACCCAGUGAAAUGAUCUUGGUUCCAUGUCCCUCCCACACUCCCAGUUCUAACUCUGCAUCUUAGAACAUUGCCUUUAUUCAGAAUAGCAAUGUUUUCAUUGCAGGCUUAAAAUGCCUCUAUUGGCUGUGACUCAGACAGCCAGUAAAGAAGCUUACGCAGUAAUAGCAGGAGAAAAGAGAAACUGAUUGACGCAGCGCAGUGUUUUGCCACUGAUGCGCACUAGCCUCCCAAUGCUUUCUCAUGGGAAAGCAUUGGAUAGGUCAUGAACAUCGAUCACAGUGAUCUCAGCCGAAGAGGUGGAGCGGCACACCGGAGACCAUCAUUGCAAAGUUGAAAAGGCAAGCUAACUUUUAAACCCCUGCAGCGGAUAACUUUUUAAACAGUGACUAUAGUUAGUCUUCCUUUAAAAAGUUUAUUAGUUAACUAGGAGAAGGACUUGAAUGUAAGGCUGGAACAAGUGGGUUACUGAGUAGAGCACGUAUUCAAACCCUUUGCCAUCCGUGUUUUAAAAUCCCUCUAAGCUGCACGACUGGACUUAGCUUAGUGUUAGAGCUUCCAUCUGAAGAGAAGGCUCAACGGAUCACAGGUAAGUUGUCAAAAGAGCAUUAAAUGUCUUGACUUACACUGGGUAGAUGCCAGUAAAACUCCUAGCCCAAUAACCAGUAUAGGGGGGCUGUAGUGGUUAAGGACCUAUGGUACUCGGGCAGUUCCUUUAUUGUCUGUGUUAAUAAUGGAGAUGGGAUGAUAGAGUCUACAGGCUGUUGGGUGUCUUCCUUGGGAGAUGACAACUAUUCGUGCCCUAUGCAUAUUUUUGGAGGGUGUGUGUGGUCUUCAAGAAAAAAUAUGUAGCCCUUUAGAUCGUGUGGGUCAAAGUCCCGCAACAAGAAUGGUUCCCGAGAACAGUGCUGCGGCUCUGUAAUGGUUGCGUCCCCGCAGUGCAUGGAGGUAAAACUGUAAGACCUAGCACCAGGAAUAUAUAGUAUGCUGAGCGCAUGUUCGAGCAAGUUAAAGAGUACACAGUGCUAUUACCAGAAGAGGAACAGAAUGUUGUGUUAGCACGUUGCACUUAGCUGUGGCACACUGUCUGUAAUAUUUAUUAAUGGGCACACUGUGAUAUUUUAAUUGGCAAACUGACUGUAAUAUUUAUCAAUGCGCAAACUGAUUGUGGUAUUUAUUAAUGUGCACAUUGAAUGUGGUAUUUAUUAAUUGGCAAACUUACUUUGUUAUUUAUUAAUGGACAAACUUACUGUGAUAUUUAUUAAUUGGCAAACUCACUGUGGUAUAUAUUAAUGUACACAUUUAUUGUGGUGUUUAUUAAAGGGCAAACUUACUGUGGUAUUUUUGAAUGGACACCUGGCUUGGCAUGCGUUUAAUGUGCAAACUGACUGUGGUAUAUUUUUUAAUGGGAAAACUGACUGUGGCAUGAUGGCAGGCCAGUGACCCAAGGCAUUAAUUGCACUGCGAAAAGGGGCAGACCCACGUGGAAUGUGGGGCCACCCAAAGAGCCAUGUUUGUCAGUGCCAUUUGGAGCGGACCAUGUACAAAGACCAUGAACCAUCUAACAAUGUGCUCUCACUAGAGCAUUCCAUGGUGUCCCAAAAGCAGUACACCAGGGAACAAACCCAAGAUGGCGGGACAGGUGCCCAAAAUCGCUACUGACCAGUCUUUUUUAGGACAGUCGGGAGGCCCAGGAUUCUCCAUCUGGAUUAGACCAGACGCAGCCGUGGGCACUCCAAGUAAUUCCAGGUAAGUUGCGAAACCAUAAUAAGAUGGUUUGACAUCUUAAAGCGGGAUGAUGCCUGAUACCCCUGGCACCAUAACCACUAUAACAAGCAGUAGUGGUUAUGGUGCUUAGAAUCUUCCUUAUAAUGUUUUAAAGCUAUUUUGAAUUCUUACAAUUCACAUACAGUAUUAAUUUGUUUCUAAAUAUUAUUUAAAAAAAAAAAAAAAAAAACACAUCUCACCCUCCAAAAAUUAUUCUACAUUAUUUAUUUUAGCCUCUUAUACUGAUUUCGGUUUUACUUCCACUUGACAUUUGUCUUACAGACCCCCUGUUUAGUAAAUAACCCCCUGACACAGUAUGCUGGAGUUUGAGGUCCCCCCCUCCCACCACUCUCAGCCCAGCUCUGAUCACUGCAGCUGCUCUGCCUGUGCACAGGUUGGGUGUCGCGGCUCGAUGACGUCACCGCGCCGCUGUUGUGAGUGAUGUGAAGAUGGGAACAGGUAGAGAUCCCGAGCUCAGAGCCCACAGUGGGGAUGGAGAGGAGGGAGACACGGAGGACUGUACAUCCACGGUGAGCAAGAGGCAGGGAGCCGGGGGGAAGGGGGAGGAAGGGUUUAUAUUAGGAAAUGAUGGAGAUUUCAUUCUGAUUUUCAGAACCCAUGGAAUAUCAUGAUCAAACACCGCCAGGUACAUCGCAGGGGGAGGCGCACACACAUAUCUGCCAGGUAAGUGGCCACUCAGCUCUCAGACAGGUCUCUUCAUUGGCAGCCAAUCUGUGGCAUUGUGAAUCUUUCAAACAAACACAGGACAUGGGGCUGGCUAAUAGGACAUGGGGCUGGCUAACAGGACAUGGGGCUGGCUAACAGGACAUGGGGCUGGCUAACAUUACAUGGGGCUGGCUAACAUUACAUGGGGCUGGCUAACAGGACAUGGGGCUGGCUAACAGGACAUGGGGCUGGCUAACAGGACAUGGGGCUGGCUAACAGGACAUGGGGCUGGCUAACAGGACAUGGGGCUGGCUAACAUUACAUGGGGCUGGCUAACAUUACAUGGGGCUGGCUAACAGGACAUGGGGCUGGCUAACAGGACAUGGGGCUGGCUAACUGUUGGCAUUCCACAUAGGGUGGAGUGUGUUUCCUCUGAUGCUCAAAUGUCUGUCAGAGUGUCAUGAAAAAGGCAAGUCCCUGCAGAUGGAAAGCAAAUGAUUUAAACAUGACAGGUUACGUCCCACAGCAGGGUUUAUUAACUAAACAUCAAAUUACAGGCUAAACGGAAGCUGUGUUUGACAUGGGGCUGGCUAAGUGUACAUGGGGCUGGCUAAGUGUACAUGGGGCUGGCUAAGCGUACAUGAGGCUGGCUAAGCGUACAUGAGGCUGGCUAAGCGUACAUGGGGCUGGCUAAGCGUACAUGGGGCUGGCUAAGCGUACAUGGGGCUGGCUAAGCGUACAUGGGGCUGGCUAAGCGUACAUGGGGCUGGCUAAGCGUACGUGGGGCUGUCUAACUGUACAUGGGGCUGGCUAACUGUUGGCACUCCACAUAGGGUGGGGUGUGUUUCCUCUGAUGCUCAAAUGUCGUCUGUUAGAGUGUCAUGACAAAGGCAAGUCCCUGCAGAUGGAAAGGAAAUGAUUAAACAUGACAGGUUACCUCCCACAGCAGGGUUUAUUAACUAAACAUCAAAUUACAGGCUAAACGGAAGCUGUGUUUGAUUUAGAAACAUUUCUCUAACUCAGAUGUAGUCACAGAUUGGACCUAAUUUCAAAAUUCUGAUUGUGAAUUACUACAAAUAUACGCCCAAACCAAACAUUUUGCUAUGGGCUUUUAGGGAAAUUGUAUUCUGCGUGAAUGAUGUAAAAUCUUAUCUUCCUGGCAGGACACAUCCAUAUAGAGAUUACUAAAUAAAGUAGCAGUAUGGCGACUGCUGCCUAUGACAUAUAGUGACUAAUCAUCUGUUUGUUCUUUGGUAUCACUCACUACUGGAGCUUUUGUUGAAUAUUUUAUGUGGGUUUUUUUUUGUGUUUUGUUUUUAGCUUUACAGACCCUGCGGUCUCCAUGGAACUACUGCGGGCUGUGCUGCAGCCUACUAUUAAUGAAGAGAUUCAGGGUGUUUUCAAUAAGUACAUGAAGGUAAUAUAUUCACAUUUUCAUCUGCAGGGAAAUACUUGAGUGUUGUGGCUUCUACCGAAAAUUGCCAGCUCUGUCCAGACUACAAACACCUUUCAGGAUAUACCAUUGUUUGCUUUAGGGAAGUUGUGAUGGUCCCACAAGUAUCCCUGAAGAUGUAUGGUGAUGAAGUAUAUGCUAGGACUAGACAUCUAGUAAAAUUAUGUCUAUAUUUAUAAUUAGAGUAGAUGGAUUAGCAAUGAGGAGAACCACCAGACUCUACAUUCUCCAGAAGCAGAAAGUUCCUUCAGAACACUUCCAUCAAGCACUAACUAUAGUAACAAUCCUGCGCACUCUGCAAUAAUUAGCAAAUUACAUUUAUACAUCCAUCCAAAAAAGUAGACCACAUUUUUCCUGAAGUUUUCUUUCUCCAGCAUUUUGAGAAAUUUGUUUGGGUGUUGAAACGUUGCCCAUUUUUUGAAUGGUUAAUAUUUAAUUUGGAAAUAAUUGUGGAUCUGUGAGGUUUAUUAUUAUUAUUAUUUUGUUACUGCAUAUUGACGCUUUUGUCUCUGCACCAGCACCCAGUUUUUAGGGAUUUUCUAUAGGAGGGCCUGCUACAUAUCAUACCUUCUUUCAAGCUCUGUCUGUUAGGAUGUUGGACAGGAGAGCAUUAUGUUUGAGCUAAGAGAGACCGUCACCUAAUUUGCAGACCGCGGGGUUGAUCAGGGGAGGCCUUUUGAUCGUCCUUGACUACUAGGGAGACGUUUUUGGCACCUAAGUAACAAUUCUGUGUUGCCGUGGUAAUUUCGUACUUGAAUUUCAAGUUUAAAUAUAAGUGAAUCUGCAGUAAUUAAUUCCUUUUUAAGUUCAUUAACAUUUCUCCUGUGUAGUUUUUUCAGAAGGCUGCUGGGAAUGUAAGAGAUAAUAUCGGUGAGCAGGUGGAUCCAGAACAACUAAUCCGUGAGACAUGCCGUAGCUGCCUGGAGCAGGUAACACAUGAAAUCUAAAAUUCUCUGAUGUGGUUAGAGUAACUUUUUACACGUUAAUUGUUUCUGUUACAUAUAUCCAGGCCAAGGUUCUAUUUCCUGAUAAAGAGAAAUCUGCGCAGAAACCUAUCUCUGAUAUGCCUCUGUCGAAGGUGAGACACAAGCAGACAUUUUUAGUGCAUUCACCUGUCCUUUUAGCCCAACUUUUAUAAAAGAAAAAUAAGCAGUGACAGGUGUUCUUUGGUUUCAGCUGUCGGGCAAAAAGGCGAAAUGAAUAAAUGAUACCGUUAAUUAGGCAAUUGCCUAAGGGUGAUUUAACAUUUAGAAUUUGGUCAGAAUAAAGGAUGCAUGUAUUUUGGGCCAUCUAGUGAUGGAGUUGAAUUUUGGCCUUUGGACUAUUUUCCUUAGUACUGACUUGUGAUUUGUUGACUUAUAUAUAGAGAGCAAGACAAAUUGAAGAAGAAGUUACCAUGCGGAAGAGUCCAGUUCCCAAGAAGGUAAUUUGCAACUCACCUGCAGGAGAUAAGAAAUGUUGGCACUACACCAGUGUGGCAACGCUCCACAGAGGUCUCCGCUGACCUCCGAGAACCAGCGUUGUCUGGGAAUGGACUCGCUGUGCAGGAUUUGACAACUACGCCCUACAGUCUGCUACUUGGCUGUUACCGCCAUCUCAUAUCGCCGUGCCAUUACUUAUCGUUAUGUGCUUAGAUAUAGUUUAAGCUUCACCCAUAUUUAUCUUUUUAGUUAUAACAAACUUAAAGAGGGGAUCAGGACCAUACAAAUGGGGUUAACCAUCAAGCUGUGCAUAAGUGUUCUGCAGUGGGGGGAUACAGUGGUAAACCUAACUUGUUGGUCUUAGAUUGAACAGUGAACCUAGCAUGUUAUUUACAAUCGAUACACACAGCCAGGAGAGAUCAUGGUGGAGUUGGCGUGUCUUUAGUCUUUACCCGGUUUAAUUUUUCUGCUAUUGCUUGUCCCUAUCUCCUGCAUUUGAGAGUGUUUGUUUAUUUUGUACUGACCAUGCAUUAUAUGUCACAUAUAACUUGACCAAUCAUAAUAACCUCUAGAGUCAGCAGGGUUGGCACAUGAUUCCUGCUUAUUAACUUUGUGUUAAACUAGCAUGUUAAAGGUUGAACAAACCAUAUACUCUCCAUGCCAGGAAUUUCUAAUAUGAGUGCAUAUAUUGUGUUAGACAUGAUUUCCUGAUAAUAAUAUUGAGACCGCAUAAAUUGUUAGAAGCCUAGAUGUGUAUUGCUUAUCCUGUUUGAAUCUUGCUUUUCAAAAAAAAAAAAAAAGAGGCUGUAUAUUGCAGAGUUUAGCUCUAUAUGCAUAUCUACUAUACUACUGUCAAGUACACACUUGCUAUCACUCCUGUAUCUUUUUUAUGCCUCUAAUAAAAACCAGAUUGACCAAAAAAUUUUUACAAAAUGUUGGCAUAAUUAGUCUAUAUCUUACACUUGUCUGUGUUACAGAGGAAGGGACGGCCUCCUGGACAAUCUCUGGGUAAUGACCGAGGUUCCACAACAUUCACACCGUAAGUUGAAGAGUAAUCUUACCUGCAAUUCUAAUUUACUAAGCCAUGUUCGUUUAAAAUAAUCUAGAUAGGAAAAAUCUCCGCCUUACUAUAAAGAAAGGAUUAACGACUUCCUUGAAUUUUAUUUCCGCAGAUACUUUUAUAGUGACACCUGUAUUACUAAUAGGAAACUAGGACUUGUUGUGUCCCCAUCGUUUCUAGAAAAAAGUACUAGUUAGUUCAUAAAAGAAUAGUUGAGUUUGUGACAUUAUUUUCUACAUUAAGAGUGUUAGAUUGAAUGUUUUCAUCUGGUGACAUUUUCCGCUUUGAUCCUCAGAUUGAAAAAAACUGAACCCAUCAGACGGGAGGGACCAAAGGUAGGAAAAAAAAGUUUUAGUUUUGUUUGUUUUAGAUAUGUGGUUGAUAUAGUGUAGGAGUAAUUAAUUUAUGACAUGUUUUUUAUUUAAUGCAGUGGGAUCCAGCUAGAUUAAAUGAGAGAGCCACCUUCGUGCUGGGAUCACGAGCUAACAAGUAAGUGUUGGUAGCCUUUCUAAAUUGUUUUACUGAAAUAUAGAAUAUUGGUGAUGUAAUAUUUGUAAGGGUCUUAAAAGUUAAACUAUGAUAAAAACUAUAAGAAAAGAGAUACCUCAGGGGGCUAAAGGAAGAGCGAAGACAGCGUGUGCCUGUAGCCCACGAAUAUCCGUUCCUCAGAAGCCCAUCAGAGAUUUACCCACAACAAGAGUGGCAACUCAGAGGGCAAAAAAUGUUUAAAUAUAUGUCUAAAAUUCUCUUUUGUACAAAUAUUUAAACAAAUAUAAGGGGACUGAAGCUCCUGUACCACAGCCUGCUCUGCACAGCUCGACCACGCUACACUGAGUGACUGGUAGGGGGAGCGCUGUGCCCUGUGCUGCCUCAUGGACUUGCCGGCCCUGCGUGCGCUGGGCCACGACACGUCUCACAUAUUCAGUAAUAUCUGUAUCAAUAGUGGGCGAUACCGAUAUUUACCAAAAUCCGGAAUAUCGUCCAAACCGAUAAUCGUUCGAUCCCUACUGAGAGUGCAGCGGGUCACUGGCUAGUAGUGUACACUUUUUUUUUUUUUUAUUCUUUAUUUUUGGUUUAAUCCUCAAAUAUAUGUUCAUGACAUAGGGACAAAAAGAAAGGUAUUCAUCAGGGCAAACAUGCCAACGUGGUAUUCAAAAAUAUGUUACACAUUUCAAACAAGGGAUUGAAUUAUUUCUGCAAACAUGAAAGGCAUGAGAACGAUGAUUCAAAUGGGGCACAUCACUAAUUCAAUUUCAGUCUAAGCUAAAUCUACAAUCUAUACAGACUUGACAUAACAUAAGCGGUAAAUCCAUAGGCUCGGCAUAGUGCCAUAGUGUCAGGAGCUUAUUGAGUCUGGGGUGUUCUUGACGGUGUACAAAAUUACACCUGGCUGUCUCAGAAAUAAGUGUGACUGUUCCCCUAAACGCUUUAGUAGGUGGGGGGGUUGUUAGUUUGGUCUAGAGACCGAUCUAUGGGGUAAGAGAUCUACACUCAGUUGUAUCUGUCAUAGAUGAGAGAAAGGAGAUAGACUAUGUUCCACCGUUUAUUCUAUCUAUUGAUAGACCACUGCUAAACACAGUAAAACAUUUAGGUGGUUAGCAUGGCAUGGCGGUCUUGCCCUGGUUGCCUCGGAAUGAAGAUGGCUACUGUGUCUGGAUCCCAACAGUGGAACAGUUCGGUAGUACUUCGGGUCUUGGUAAGAUGUAGGGAGUCCUGAGAGUGAUGCAGUAUUUCAGAUGCUGGUAUGUCUUCCGAGAUGCCCCUUAUUUUUAAGUUAUGUUUGCGCCAUGCGUCCUCCAAUGCAGCAAGCGGCGCUCAUAAGCUUCAUUUUGGCUUUGAAGAACCUGGACAACUUGUUGUAAGGUGGUAAGUUGGUUUACACAGUCCCCGUAGGUAGUCUCCAAAGCCCCCAUCAAGCCUUUAAUAUCAGAGCGAAGCACAGCUACAUCAGAUUGGAUCGUUCUCUGUAGGUCUGCCAGUAAUGUCUUCAGGACUGUGGUUAUGACUGGUGAGUUGUCAGGACUUGGGAGAGCUGGUGCUGGGUUAGGCUUAAUAGGUAAGUGUACAUACAUCAUCCUCUUUAUUAGAAAAGUAAUUGGAGACUUCGGAGUAUGUCUCCGCAUAGGCGGCCAUAUUGGGCCCAGCUGCCCUAUGUGCUUGCCGCAGGAGGUCUCCGUUGCGGAGUCCUUUCCGCGGCUUUUCAGCUUUUUGUUUUUUUUGUUUGUUUGUCUUUCGACCCAUUCUGUCUCCAUGUCUGCAGCCAAGUUUCUGCAGCCGUGCAGUUCGGACUUUGAAGCCCAAAAUAGGUGAGAAUAGCCGACAGUAUGCAGGAGCUCUAUCUCCAUGCGACCAGUCUGCUCUGUUGUUCGGCUCCGCCUCUCUACACUGGAUAGUCUUAAUAAAGAAAAGAGCCCAGGUUGUUUAAGUGAUAACACCUGUUCUGACAAGGAAGAAACCCAAGGACGAAUCACUGGGAAUUUAGACACAGACUAGUGCAUAUGCCAUAAAGCUGCCAGAUCUGAAGCAAGACAGACAUAAACUGGGUAGCCUGGUCUAACAGAAUCUCUCUGGGUAAACUUAUGCUCCCAAAUAUUAAAAUGGGAGUCUCCGCUACAAGUAGGUCUAGUGCCACAGCUUCCGGGUACCAAACUUCUAAUCCACCAUGAUACGGUUGUACCUUUUGUUCAUAGAGCUGUCUUUUAAAAAUGGGAUCACUAGCACUUUACUGACUACAGAGCAAGUCAGAAGUGCAUCAGGUACUUGAGGUGUAGCCAUGAUCUAGGUACUCAUCAGUGGGUCUACCUCUGCAGAAUGCUGUAUUAUUCUUAGUGUUUACUUCUGGCAUGCUAGGAGGGCAUACUGCUGCUAUUUGCUUUGGCUGGCAUAGAUUUAUUGGAUUUUGUCCAAAAACAUCCACAUGGAUACUAGACAUCGGCCCCUAUUAUGUGCCUACCUUUGCCUGUGCUCCAUUCCAAAAAACAUGAAAGGUUGGAUUUUGUGAUGUUUUGCUCCAGCUCUGUUGAUUAUUUCAUGAGUAUCCAAGUGAAAGUCUUAACACAAAGCCCCUUCAAAGCAUUACAUGGUUUUCAUUCCAAGGAUCCAAGGAGGCUUUAUAUGGGUCGUCCAGGCAGUAGGCCUGGGAGCAGAUGCUGAUUCCCUUGGAGGUGUACACUGGCCAUCACAUGUCCUGAUGGUCUGCUUACUGCCAUUAUUGCCGGUGGUUGGUCCUUGACAGAACCUUAAUACUCCUGUGACUUCUUAUUAGUGCUUUGGUUGUGGGAUUCCAGGUCAGGUAUAUUCUUCUGACUAGCUGGGGCUUUCUAUGAGAGUUUGUAUAGAAGCUGCUAACGAUUGUCAUUUCAUUAAGCUACUAGGCAAGUUAGCUUAAGCAGCUAUUGGCUCUCAGAAUGAUUUCAUUUAUAUGUCUAAAAUAUAUGAAACUACAAUGGAGAGCAGAACUACUGCACAUAAACCUUUUGCUUAACGCAAAUAUGUGCUGAAUAAAGUCGAUAUACUGCAGUAUACUUUCCCCAGCACAUGAAUUUGAAUCCAUAAGUGAGCCUAUUGCUCCCUGUGAUACAGAAUUAAUAUGCAAUGUUUAUCUUUGCUUUACAAGGGCCCUAGGCAUGGGAGGGACCAGGGGACGUCUUUACAUCAAACAUCCUGAGCUAUUUAAGGUAAGUGAUACUAUUACGCUGUUUUACUGGAGCCAUUUCAUGUACAAGGAUUCUCGUUGUUAAUUAUACAUGAACAUGAGACUUUGUCAUGGAUAAGCUGCUUGAUUUAAAAAAAAAAAAACUUUCUUCAUACUUCAUAUAUUUAUUCUUCAUCCCUUUUUAAUCCUCAAAAAAAUACCGAUUCAUGCAUAAUUUUUAAUCUUGGAAUUUCAAGCUAAUGGAUCUUUGGAAUGUGAUGAUAAAUAUUGUCAUCCAUUGCUUCUCAGAGAGGAGUGCACACAGGUCAGACUCCCAAUGCAAGAUGAACCGGGGAGGCACAUUAGGGCCCCUGGUCAGAAUUGAUGAAUCUAAACUAGAUAUGAUUUUUUUUCUAAGUGCUCCCAAGCUGUGCAAUGAGUUUUAAACCGAGUCAAUUUCCUGUGUGAGUUCCACCUUCAUGGUGGGAAUUGUAGUAAUGCUGUAUUCGAAAAUAGCAGAACAACCCGAGACCUGUCAUUGGGCAGUCAAGAAUCCAUUCAGGAAGAGGUUUUAGGGUAUCAGAGGUGAUCGUCUCCCAUUUUCUAGAAGUUGCGAGAUUUUACAGCUGGACGUGAGUGGAAUCCAAACUACAGAGCAUACUCUGUAAUCUUCACACCAAAAGCUGUAGGAGGACCUGGAUUGACCAGGACAUAUUGCAGUCACUUCCUUCAUAAUGGAAUGGUCUAUGGAGGGAGAUCAGAACUUAAGGAUUUCCUGCAACAGAAGAAAGUUCACGUUUCUCUUUAACAUUGUUUUAUUAAACACUGUUCUAGAUACCAGACACUCAUUAUUGGAUACACAUCUCGUGCGAUGUUGGUAUUUUGUAGUCUAUUUAUUUGAAUUUUAUCUCUUACUAUAUAUGUGGCUGGAGCUGCGUUAUCUAUAUGUCCAUUUCCUUUUUUUUUUUUUUUUUUUUGCAGUAUGCCGCAGACCCACAGGACAAACAGUGGCUUACAGAAAAGCAGCACAUGAGAGCCACGGGUGGAAAAAUGGUGAGUUUUUCUGGAAAGAUACAGAAUUCAUUAUGGUUUUAUUCUUAGUAAUGGAGGUAAAAAGGGUGUUCAUUAACUAGUGUGCAGAGCUUUACGUUUUAGCAUUUCUGUAGUAACAUAAAUCUUACAAAUGUUACGUGUGAAGGGACACAUUUUUUUUUUCCUUUGCUUUUAAAAAAAAAAAAAAAAAAAUGGAUAUUUAAUCUUUUAUAAUCUAGAAUAAUAAUAAUAAAAAAGUUGUGCUCAAAAAAGCCAUCCUUCCUGCCUCUUUCUCUAAACCUGCAGUAUUUUCUUCUUUUUUUUACGUAGUAAUGCAGCUGUACGUAAUGCACAACACGAAUUAUGGGAGUUGUAGUUCAACUGUUAAUGUUUUGCAGUUGAAAUACAAGCAAACUACAAUGUUGAGGAACCUCCACUUUGCCCAUAAAACAUUGCUGUGUGGGAGAUGUAUGUGGUAAGCUCAGCCAUUGCUAUAGAAAAGUUAAAAGAGCAUUGUGAUUGGCUGAGCAACUUUUUGACCUGAACAGAGCUCACCGCAUAGGCUGUAAAUCUUGAGAAGAUGUUAAUUUUUAUUAUUAUUUAUUUAGGUGUAUGUUUAUUGUAUCUCUCAACUCCAACCUGGAUUGGCCUCCUUUUAGCAGAAAAUUAAGUUCUAAAAACCUAUUUAUCAUUUUAUAAAUUAAUUCCAUAAUUAGGUAAAAUAGAUUCAGUUAUUGAAUACUAAUGCUGGGUUUGUGUCCAAUGCUUCUCUGAAAAAGUAAGCCGAGAGCUACCACAUUGUGGGUUAUAUUUAAAAUGUGUUCUGUCCCAUUUCAUAUAUCAACCUCUUAUGUGCACAAGACAUUUUUGUUAUGUAGAAAAGGGUUACUCCAUCCUUUAAAUUUUUUUCCUAUUUUCUAUAGUGCUCCCAAAAUAAUCCAUCUCUCUGCCACUUAUAUUCCUUUUUCUCUGUUUUUGUUUUCCCUAUUUUACCAUUUGAUUUGCUAAUUAAAGACACACUAUAGGCACCCAUCUCAUUGAAGUGGUCUGAGUGCAGUGUCCCAAUUCCCUUAACCCUUUCAGAGAAAAUGCAUUGUUUCCAGACAGCCACUAGAGACACUACCUGUCUUUUCACACUGUUUAACUCUGUGAAACUACGCUGGACGUCCUCACACUUUGCAUGACUGCGUCCAGCAUCUUCAAAUCCCCCCCUUAGGAAAGCAUUGCGUAAAGGCCUAAUGUGCGUUGAAAGAGGAAAGUUGUGUAUGGGUCACAGACAACAUCCCAAUCUGAUGGUAGUGGAAACAUUUGUCCGAAAGAAAAUGAAUCAUUUCAUUUAUUUUUCUCAAUAAAUUGAAAGCAAUACAUUUGUUAAUCAGAAAAAAAAAGUAAAAUGGAAAAGACAUGAUAUUAUAAUGGGAAAGUGUCAAAAAAAAAAAACCACAUUGAAAAGUGAUCGUGCCAUGUGUUAUACAUAUCUUGAGGUUAUUGAUGCUGAUCUCGUAUUCCAUUUCUUGCAGGCUUAUCUCCUUCUAGAGCAAGAUAUCCUGGAGUUGGCAUCAAAUGAUGACUACAGGUAAAGAAACCGCAAAUGUUCCACCUAGACCACUUCAUCUCAAUUGGGUGUCAUGUCCCUGUUUGUUUAACUCUGCAAUGUAAAACAUUGCCAUUCUGAAGGAACAAUCUUUAUAUUGCAGAGUUUAAAAAAAAAAAAGUUACCUGUGCACUACCUCAAAUCCCUACAGACAUUUAAAGUCUUUAGUAUGACUUCAAUGGCCAUGUCCAUGUACGCUCACCUGCCACAUCAAGGACUGAGGUGAGUCCUACACUUACAAUUCACAUUGCUGCUUCGAGCUAAAAGGCAAUAUCUCUUUGCAUUUCUGUUUUUUAUUUUUUUUUAUUUUCUUCCAUUAAGAUUUAAGCCCUUAAAGGGACAUUGUAGGCAUUGAAGUGGUCUGGGUGCAGUGUUCAAAUCCCCUUAAAGGUCCACUAUAGUGCCAGGAAAACAUACUCGUUUUCCUGGCACUAUAGUGCCCUGAGGGUGCCCCCUCACAGUGAGAAGCACGCAAGCGUCAAUGAGACAGCCACUGGAGGCUGGAUUAACCCUAUUAUAAACAUAGCAGUUUCUCUGAAACAGCUAUGUUUAUAGAAAAAAGGGUUAACCCUAGCUGGACCUGGCACCCAGACCACUUCAUUAAGCUGAAGUGGUAUGGGUGCCUAUAGUGGUCUUUUAAGCCUGCAAUGGUAAUUAUUGCCGGUUGUCUGGUUGUCUACCAGAUAGACACUACAGGGAUUUCCGGGUGGUGAGGCUAUGCAUGAGGACAUCCAGCGUCGCCCAAAACCCCAUGGGAAAGCAUAUUACAAUGCUUUAGUAUGGGGGAAGUCCUAAUGCAAGCGCUGUGCUUCCAUGCAUGUACAUAAGUGUCCAUUUAAAUGUCUGGGUUUCUAGUGCGGGCAGGGAUUUUAUCCUGCUCACACCAAAAUGUUAGGACGUUCCUUGCUGUCCUAACUAUGUCAAAGCCCACUUUGUAAAGGAAGGCAUGGUACUUCCUAACAUCCAGGGAUACGUAAUAAACCAUUCUAGUUUACAAACAUUGGCAGUGCAAGAUUAGUCCUCACUGAUUCUCACAAUCUUCUACCUGUUAGACGCUUAAAGGGUCAGCAUUUACACCAAAACUACUACAUCUUAAUUUUGUGGUUUUGGUGUAUAGAGGCUUUUUAUUGGACAAUGUACAACAUUCUGAAACAUUUGGCUAAAAACAAAAUAUUUGAUUAAUACUGUAGCCUGUAUACAUAUUACCCAAGUUCUUUGUUUACCUCACAUUGUGUUUUUCUACUCUUUUACCUUUAAAAAAAAAAAAAAAAGAGUGCUGGAUUCAUUGCAAACUUACAAUAAUUUGACAUGCCAAUUCAAUGCUGACUCCAUAGUGUAUAAUGUGUCCUCUGUGUUUCUAACGUGCACUUCAAAAAUAAAGAAUUAUAAAAAAUUUUUACAAAAACAACAUUUUAAUAGCUUUCACACAGUCUCCCUCCUUAUAUCCUUUGAUUUUCAAAUUACAUUUUGUGUCACACACAUCACGAUGAUGCUGAGCACUGUUAAUGCUUUGGAUUGCAUUGGAUUGAUGGAUUGUGGCAAUUGCUGUGCAUUCACAGUGUCCUCAAUGUGUCUUUGUCUGAUUGGAUGAUAACCUCACAAGAAAAGGAUGAGGUUGCAUUGAGGGGGGCAUUAAUCUGAUCAUAAAAGGAACAUAUACAUUUUUAUUUAUUUUGGCGUUUCUUUGACCUUUCUGUUUCUUCCAUUCCCUUUAUUUACUGACAUGCUACACACCCCCUACAAUCUAGGUAACCUGUGUCUCUUCUUUAGGGAAUCUCUGGAACUGAAAUUGGAUGAGCUUAAGCCAUUUACUGUACCCCUGUGGAUGACUGACAAGAUGAAGAAGACUAUGGAGAUGCAGCUUGUAGACCAACCAUAGCUGGCAGCAAUUUUAUGAUUUUUCCCUGUAAAAUAUUGUCAACAAGAGAACAUCAAACAUAGUAUAAAAAGAACACUCCAGGCACCAUAACCACUACAGCUCACCGCAGGGCUUAGCUCAGGAGAGCAUUGGUAGUGGAGGCAGGGAGACCCCGGGGGGAGAGGGAGGGAUACAGGCAGCUAUAGUGAAUCUGGCGCUUGGAGUGUUUCUUUAAAAAAAAAAAAAAAAAGUAGAGAAAACACAUUUUGUUACACAGAAGCCAAAUGAAAUUGUACUGUCAGUGUACGUCUCUACCUAUAACCUUCCUAGCUCCUCAGCGAGGCACCGUAUGACUAGGGAAGAAGAAUAUGCACUUAACCAUCUGAUUAUCUGACAAAUGUACAUUGUGGCACAAUUUGCACAAAUAAAAUGUGAUUUUAGAGAUGUU